AGAUAAUAUUAUCAAUAGUUCAAUACCACAUUUGAAUAUUUAAUCUUGUUCUCAAAAACCGAAAAAAUGGGUACCAAAUGGUUCCUUUUUUCGCCACCGUUUUUCUUCGCCGUUUUGCUGCAUGUUGCCGCCGCACAAAACACCACCACCAUCGCUACCACUACCGCCACGGCCGCCGGAGACCGUAUGGCAUUGCUCGCAAUCAAAGCAAUGAUUGAAGAUGACCCACAAGGUAUCCUGACUUCAUGGAAUGAGUCCAACACUGAUUUCUGCCGGUGGCAAGGGGUUACUUGCAGCACACGUCACCCUAGAGUCACCCUUCUGGACCUCCAGUCCGGUAGCUUGACUGGUAAGUUAUCUCCUUUCAUAGGAAACUUAAGUUUUCUUAAAGGUAUUCGGAUCCAAAACAACUCGUUUUCCGGUGAAAUCCCUCGUGAAAUCGGUAGGCUUUUUCGGCUGCAAGAACUACGUAUGUAUAACAACUCUUUCACUGGAAACAUUCCAACUGAUAUAACUAACUGUUCCAAUCUCGAAGUGCUUCAUUUAGGAUAUAACAAUCUAGUGGGAAGGAUUCCGAAUGGGAUCGGUUUGUUGUCAAAGUUAAACACUCUCAUCCUACACGCAAACGUUUUUGAAGGUGGGAUCCCGACGUUCAUCGCGAAUCUUACGUCGCUUGAAACGCUUUCGCUUGGUGAGUGUCAACUCGGCGGAGCAUUUCCCGACGUGUUCCACGGGCUUGUUAAUCUUACAAGAAUUGCAUUGGCUGGAAACAACCUUGUUGGUACUAUCCCACCUUCUUUUUAUAACCUUUCGUCGUUAGAACAAGUGUUUCUAGAUAAUAAUCGGCUCACGGGCAGGCUGCCAGCCAACUUAGGAUCGAUUAUGCCUCGUCUAGUCGUGCUUUCGUUGGCUGAUAAUCGACUAACGGGCUCCCUUCCGUCGUCGGUUCUUAGUGCACCGCAACUAACUGUUUUAGAUGUAGCUAGAAAUAAUCUAUCUGGAAAACUAAUAAUCACUCCUAGGAAUGCUUGUAGUUUUGAUAUCCUGUCACUAAGUUUCAAUAGUUUUGGAACUGGUGAAGCGGAUGAAAUGAAGUUUAUCGAUGAUUUGUCGAUUUGCAAAGGGUUAGGAGUGUUAGAUCUUGGUAAUAAUCAGUUGAGAGGUGUUGUACCGGAAUCUAUUGGAAAUUUGUCAACUACACUUUAUUUUCUUAGCGCUGCUUCGAAUUAUCUUUCGGGUGGCCUUCCUUCAUCGGUUGGUAAUCUUUUGGGUCUAACUCUACUAGACUUGUCUAAUAAUCAACUCACUGGCACAGUUCCGGAGACCAUUAGCCGUCUUGAAAAUCUAAGGCGGUUAGAUCUAACGAAUAAUUCUUUCUCAGGGAACGUUCCUGGAUCGUUAGGUAAUCUGUCAUGGAUGAUUGAUCUGGAUCUAAGUUCGAAUGAAUUUAACGGUACUAUACCGUCAAGUUUAGGGAACUGUAAAAGGUUGUUAAGGUUAAACCUUGAUGGAAAUAACCUGACUGGAAAUAUACCUAGUCGGUUAUUCGAACUCAAGUCGCUGUCCAUAAGCCUGAACUUGGGUAACAACCAAUUGUCCGGGUCACUUCCGGUAGAGGUUGGUAACCUUAAGGGCUUAACCGAAAUUAUUCUGGCUAACAAUCGAUUGUCCGGUGUGCUUCCAAGUAGCCUUGGUAGCUGCAGUAGUCUUCAGCGUCUUAACAUAAGUAACAACGGGUUUUCUGGAUCUCUUCCAGCAUCGUUGGGGUCCCUGCGGGCCCUCGAAAAUCUGGAUGUCUCUCAUAACAACUUUACUGGAGAAAUCCCGGCUUAUUUGGAAGUAAUUCCUUUGAGGAAUCUCAACAUAUCAUUCAACGGUUUUGAUGGAGAGGUGCCGAGUAAAGGAGUGUUUGCGAAUGCAAGUGCAGUAUCUAUCGUCGGCAAUGAUCGGCUUUGUGGCGGUGUACCUGAACUUCAGUUACCUAAGUGUAGUUCUAAUAAGAAGAAAAAGAAACUGAGUCUUGCGGUUAUAUUAGUGAUUUCUAUACUUUCGACUCUGGUUUUGGUAGCACUGGUGUUGUUUUUCGUGUGCUAUCGAUGGAAAAACGAAGUAGAAGAUGACCCACCAGAGACUGUUUCUGGGGAGUCGUUAAUUCAGGUUACUUUUGAAACGCUCCACAAAGCAACCGAUGGGUUUUCUGCCAAAAACCUCAUUGGCGAAGGUAGUUUUUCAUCUGUAUACAAAGGGCGCCUCGAUAUGGAUGGUGUGAACAUCGUUGCUGUCAAAGUACUAAAUCUCCGUCGUCGAGGAGGUUCCAAAAGCUUCAUUACCGAGUGCGAGGCACUAAGAAAUGCGCGACAUAGAAACCUAACGAGAGUCAUAACUUGUUGCAGUGGCAUCGACUACCAAGGCAAUGAAUUCAAAGCCAUCGUAUACGAGUUCAUGCCCAAUGGAAGUUUAGACCGGUGGUUGCAUAACUCUCAACAUGAGUUUGAGUUCCCUCAACUCAGUCUGAUUCAGAGAGUGUGUAUCGCGUUAGAUGUGGCUCACGCGCUUGAUUAUCUUCAUCUUCAUGCCGGAAAGACCAUCGUUCACUGUGAUUUGAAGCCUAGCAACAUUCUCCUUGAUGAAGAUAUGGUUGCACAUGUUGGAGAUUUCGGGAUUUCUAAGAUUCUUCAAUCUGAGUACCAUAAUAGAUAUAAUAGUAGCUCAGCUGGAGUUAGAGGAACGAUCGGGUAUGCAGCUCCAGAAUAUGGGGUUGGAAGCAAGGUGUCACGAAGCGGAGAUAUGUACAGUUAUGGGAUACUGUUGCUGGAGAUGAUAACUUGUAAGAAGCCCACCGACGCCAUGUUUGGAACUGAGCUCAGCCUACACAAGUAUGCUAAGAAAGCCAUAGAUGACGAUGGCGCACUGGGGAUCGUUGAUCCAGUGCUUCUGAAAGACAAUGAGAAGAUUGGAGUGAUAACCAACAAGGAAGAAACAACAGACGGUUACUUGAAUCACGAAAGAUGUUUGCAUAUGUUGCUUGAAAUCGGAGUGUCAUGUUCCAUGGAAUCGCCACAGUACAGAAUGGACACUGCUAGUGUUAUCCAAGAGCUCCAGUUGAUAAAGGAUGCUAUUUUAGGGAACUCUACUCAAGUUUGAACAAUAGUUAAGAAGUUUUGAUUCCAUUUAAGACUAAUUUGUUACAGAUCAUAUCACACGUUUAAAUUCUUCUCUUGAUUUAUUUCGAAAGAGUUAUAGUUACGAGAAAUGAUAAAGAUUCGGUAAUAAGGAUCUUAGAAUCAUUUGAUGUUCCGUUGCCAUAAAAAAACUUUGUAGUAACAUAAUA